CCGCUGAACAUAUAACACGUUCUUCUGUUUCUGUGUGCAGUCGAGAUCAUUUCAUCAUUGCUCUACUUGCUACUUGAGCGAGCCACCGACGAAACAAUGACCCGGCUGAGUACAAAAACAAGGCUCAGCUCAGCAACUUGCCGCUCCCUGACAACUGUCAGCACAUUUCUCUUACUUAUUGCACAUGUUCUUUUUUUCUCAAAGGGUCCGAGUGAGCGGCCACUCCGAGGUUUCAGCUCUCUCUCGGUGGUCCAGCUGCUUUGUCUCAGUCGGUAACUACUGCAUCUGUCACUCACAGGAGAAGAAUAGAACUCCAUGACUACUGAAGUAAACAGCUCUGCGUAUCGGCUGACACGUACAGUAAAUGAGAGACACAGAUGCAAUUGUAGCAGAGCUUGUGUUUUAUCCACAUAUAAGUUUCUGUUGACCAGGCAUUCAAACGUUAGGAGCUGCUGGUGAUGCCAGUAACCAAACAGCACAACCAGGAGCCACCAGAUAUAAUGUUUGUUGAAAAUGCCAACGUGCAACAGCCGCGUCCCCACCACGAGCUUUUGCUGCGCAGUCGACCCUACAGGGGGGAGCCGCCGACAGUGGCAGGAUUCCUCCUCUACCCAGACACUCCUGCUAAGAUGGAAACAACCUCACGAGAAGCUUUCAGGUUCAGAGCCUUCGCAAAACAAGACAGAGGCAAAGGAGACCAGAACAAGCAGCAGCAGUUGCAGUCUCCUCAUCAUGUGGGACAAACAGCAGGAGGAAAGAGCAACAGAGACCCAGAGGAGGAUGAGCAGGAGGAAAAGCAUGAUCAGCGUGGGUCAACAGCAGUGAGAAAUGAAGAUCCAGCAGACAUGCGGUCCCAGUACCAGAAGGACUUCCCCCCUCCGUCCUCAUGCCGCAGGAGGCGCACGCCAGCUCUUCCACAGCCAGACAACAUUGGCAUCAACCCUGCCUUCAGGAUUGAGUUUGGCACAGUCCAAAGACAAACGUUACCUGAAUGGGCUGUCAUGAUUCGCAGCUUGAGGGUCGACUCACCUGAAACAUCUGACCAUUAGUGUUUUACAUCAAAGAAAUCAGCUUCCCAGUAACAAGUGUUCUACAAGAUAUAACCACCCAAGGAGAUAAACACCCCAAUGGCGUUUCUAGUCAAUAAGAAAAUCACAAUAAAGUUAUUUGAAUGAUU